GCAUAACCCACUUUCUGUGCUUAGGUUCCUGAGGCGUGAAGGUUGGCUCUCGCUGACUGGGGUCUUUCGUCGACGGUUGACCGAGGCGGGGAAACUUGAGGGUUCAAGUUGUUUGGUCAAACAACUUCAUUUUUUGAAUGUAGAAUGCAAAAAAAGAUUAUAGACUGAUAUAGAAGAAAAUGAAGAGAAACUUAAAUGAAAAUUCAACUCGAAGUACAGCAGGCUGUUUGCCUGUACCAUUGUUCAAUCAGAAGAAGAGGAAUAGACAGCCGUUAACAUCUAAUCCACUUAAAAAUGAUCCAGGUAUCAGUACUGCUUCUGACAGUUAUGAUUUCCCUCCAAUACCAACAGAUUGGGCCUGGGAGGCUAUGAAUCAAGAGUGGGCUCCUUUAACAAUGAACACAAGCCAAAUACCACCUUCAGUUUCUCAUCCCCUGAGAAGUCAAGAUUCUAUUCCUAAAUCAAUUCAGUCAAAUACUGCAAGAAGCCAAAGUGGUUGGAGAGAUGACAACAAAAAUACCAGCUUGAAAACUUGGGAUAAAAAUGACUUUAGACCUCAAUGUAAAACAACAAAACUAAUGACAAAUGAUGGAAAAAAUUCUUUUCCAGUGAAUUUGGGAGCUCAGAUACUACAGAAACAAUUAAGGGUAUCUGAAACUCCUAAUUUAUCUCAUCACAGAGAAACUGAGGUACUCAGACAAAUGUGUUCGUCAAAAGUUUCUGGCUCUACAAUAAAAGGCUCAGACAAAAACAGUGCAUUACAGACAUUUAAGCCCAAUUUUCAACAAAAUCAAUUUAAGAAAAAAAUGUUGGAUGCUAUUCCAGAAGAAAACACUCUGAAGGAAGCCUCAUGUCAGUUACAGUUUAAGGAAAAAAAUAAUUCUCUAAGAAUUAUUUCUGCAGUUAUUGAAAGCAUGAAGUAUUGGUGUGAACAUGCACAGAAAACUGUACUUCUUUUUGAGGUGUUGGCUGUCCUCGAUUCGGCUGUUACACCUGGCCCAUAUUAUUCAAAGAAUUUUCUUAUGAGAGAUGGGAAAAAUACUCUGCCUUGUGUAUUUUAUGAAAUCGAUCGUGAACUUCCAAGACUGAUUAGAGGCCGAGUUCAUAGGUGUAUUGGAAACUAUGACCAGAAAAAGAACAUUUUCAAAUGUGUUUCUGUCAGACCAGCAUCAGUUUUUGAACAAAAAACUUUCCAGACAUUUGUUAAAAUUGUAGAUGCUGAGAUGAGUUAUUAUACUAAAGUAAUGAAUGAAAUUUAGAUAGUAUAAAUUAAAGCAUUUUCUGAUAUUGUUUAAUUUAUUGUUUGUAAAGUUAUGGAGCUUCUGUGUUUCUGUGUUCUACUUCUUGAAUUAAAAUAUUUAAAUCCUU